AUGUCAGAAACGGAACCAGCAGAAACAUACCUGAAGAACGAACACCUCCAAGAACUACCGUCCAAAACAGCAUAUAAUGCAUUCGAAAAUGGCGAUAAUGAAUGUACCACUUAUGGUAUUACUGUGGAUGGUGAAGCGGCACAAUUGAAGGGGGUACUAAAAACCCACCAAAAAAUUAAAGAAGAAGCAGAAAAAAUUGUAAAAGCAUGGUGCAGUGCAUCCUCACAGGGAAGGAUAGGAACGACGAGCAUCCCCUAUAGUCGGCUCUGCCAUGCUCUUUAUUAUUGGUUAGGUGACAAAGUAUGGAAUAAGGGCAAUAAUGUUUGGAGUGUUACUAGAUUUUUAAGUGUUAUGGGUGACAUUUACACUGCAUUGGAACAAUUUGGUGUUGAGAACAAUUGUACACUUUUUUACAAAGACAACAGUAACAUUGAUCAGACAAUUUUUGGUCACAGAAGAACCGUAUUCGACUUCACUUUUGACUAUAAAAAUAUAAAGGACCUUCUAAAAUCUCAUAACAACUACUGCGACAAUGCUUAUUACCAACACCUAAACCAAGCUAAAACAGCAUUUGAAAAGGUUCUUAAUGAUUGUAAAAGUAAGUGGGACGAUGACCUAUAUUGUACCGAAUUCAGGGACACAUAUGAAACGAACAAAAAUAGUCAAAACCCGCUCAGCUUGACAUAUGUGUCAAAGGGACCUUUAAAUAGUGAUACAGUUUAUAAAGACGUCCAAUUAGAAUUAAAGUAUGCCUCACCUAAAAGUAACACAGCAAUGACUGCCACCAUUUCGUCUAUAUUUUCUAUAGGUGCACUUGGAUUUGCUACAUCCCUUUUAUAUAAGUAUAAUCUUUUACCCUCCUGGUUUCGUAACCAUUCUGGUGGAGGAGGAAGCAACAGUAGUAGAACCAACAGGAAAAAAAGAACAAAUGGACACGACUUUGACACGUUAACUUCAAUGGACACUUCCACAACAUCAUAUUCUACAGAGAAUUCUUCAACUAAAAUAGGAAUAAGUAAUACAUAUAUUAAAAUUCUUAUCAAGAAUGGGGAAAAUCGCAUUAAUAUUAUAUAUCUAUGUAAAGAACCAAUUGAAUAUCAUAUAAAUAAUAAUAAUAAUCCAUGUUUAACACAAUUGCCCUCAGAGAAGGAAUAUAAAAAAUUUGAAGAGGGACAGACUUGCCCCGCAGAAGCACAUGGACAAUGUUCCAAUGAGCAAAUCAUAGAACAGGUGAAGGGGACAGUGGCAAUAUACACGAGCGUUGGAAGUGAUACCGAAAAAAUUGUAAAAAACUACUAUUACGCAUGUACAAAGGAAACGAAUCCCACGAAUUAUUAUAGUCCCUGUUAUUUCUUUUAUUAUUGGUUAGGUGAAAAAAUAAAAGAUAAAAUAUAUGGCAGAAGCCCACUGGGGCAAGUUAUAGGUGCAAUUUACAAGAAAUUGCAUCAGUUCGGGUUACCAUACAAUAAUAAGAAGUGUAAGGAUUUAUACCCUGGUAUUGACGUAAGUAUUUUUACUCCAAGGAAAAAAAUAUUUGAUUAUUCUUACAACUAUAAAACCUUACUGGGAAAACCGCAAAGUAAUGAAUUUUUAUGUACUGAAAUAUGUGACCAAUAUCUGAGCGAUGUUCAAUCAGUAUAUUCAACUGAAAGUAACAGUUGUGGAGAGACUACUAGUGAUCUCUUUUGUAACGAACUUAAAAAUGAAUAUAAAAAAUAUUUUGAUAAAAAUAAGAAACCAACAUUGCCAUGUGCAACGAAACCCGAAGAUGAGGAAGAUGAUGAUAAUGACUCAUGCCCCACAGAAGUGAUGGGCUCCCCCGACGCUAUUCCAGCAAAAGGGACGGAAUUAACGAGAGAACAUUUGAAUAAAUUACCUUCCAAAAUGUUAUAUCAGAAAUUUGAUAAUGGAGAUGGUAAAGAGGGUUGUGAUGUCGGUGAAAGGGAGGUGAACGACGUGAAGACUAAGUUGACAAAGGCACUAAGUGGGAAGGUAUUUGAGGACAGUGAAGUGAAUAAAAUUUUCCAUGCUUGGUGUUAUGUAACUCGGACCAUUAAGAAAAAGUGUGGUUCGUUGUACAAGGAUCCUUUUAAAUUUCUUUACCUAUGGUUAGGACUUAAACUGUUUGAAGAGAAGGACCAAAUUGAUUCAUUUGAUGACCUUAUGGAUGAUAUUCAGGAGGGACUGACUAAAAUGGAGGGGGGAAGUGGUAAUAAGUGUGGACCGCUAUGCAAAGGUAACAUUGAUAAAACCAUUUUCAAUAAAAGAAAACUAGCAUAUGAGUAUUAUAUGGACCAUGAUGGUAUAAAGGGACAAUUACAGAAUCCUAAUCCUGAAAAGACUCCCUGUGAUCAAAAGUAUUAUGACCACUUAAAGGAGGGUUAUACAGCUUAUAAUGAAAUAUGUGGGAAAUGUACACGGGGAACUCCUACUAAUCCAUGUUGUACCGAAUUCCAGGACAUGUGUAAGGAUUACAGGAGCAAGAAGCUGGAGGAAUUAAAAUGUAAUCCAAUAAGUACACCAGGGGCAAGGGAAGAACAACACGAUGCAACCUCCCCUGGUGGAAGUAUAGUCCCUGCUACAGCGAUUUCCUCUGUCACUGCAUUAAUAGGACUUCCUACAACCGCUUUCUUCCUAUAUAAGUACACUUCCUUACCUUCUUUGAUAAGUAACACCCUUUCCUCUGGUGGGAGAAGCAACAACAGCAACCGAAAAAGAAGAACAACAGAACGACCAUUCAACAGGUUUUUAGACGACUCUACAACAGAAUAUACAGCCACGGAUGAGUCCACCAUAGGUUCUAUAGCAGAAUCAACAACAACGAAUGGUUCUACUUUAUAUAAUGAUGGACAGCGAAGGAGAGGCGGAAGGAAUAGAAGUAAUACAAGGCCGAGGAAUAUAACUUAUCAUCCUACGUAA